GAGACUUCUGGAGCCCUCGAGACGCCUCGGUUCUCCCAGUGCCACGCGGCUACAUGCACCGUCCUCAAGGAACUCUUCAUUGAGAAGACAUGCUGUGGCCCUUCCCUUUACACACAGAAAAUGGAACACAAGAGACUACUUAGUUGAAGAAAUUCUAGCCUCCUUACAAAUGAGAGACAUUCAAGUCUAAGUAGAUUCCAGCUAAAGGAAAAUACCAAACAGCUUCUUCACAGUGCAGAUUGGAACAGGGAAAAAAAAAAAAAUGAAUGUCACUAACUGUACCACAGAAGCCAGUAUGGCUGUGAGACCUAAGACCAUCACAGAGAAGAUGCUCAUUGCCAUGACCCUGGUGAUCAUCACCAUCCUGACAAUGUUGCUGAACUCGGCCGUGAUUAUGGCCAUCUGUACCACCAAGAAGCUCCACCAGCCUGCAAACUACCUGAUCUGUUCUCUGGCUGUGACAGACCUCCUGGUGGCAGUGCUUGUCAUGCCCCUGAGCAUCAUGUACAUCGUCAUGGACAGCUGGAAGCUUGGGUACUUCAUCUGUGAGGUGUGGCUGAGUGUUGACAUGACUUGCUGCACCUGCUCCAUCCUCCAUCUCUGCGUGAUUGCCCUGGACAGAUACUGGGCUAUCACCAAUGCUAUUGAAUAUGCCCGGAAAAGGACCCCCAAGAGGGCUGGCCUGAUGGUCCUCAUUGUAUGGACCAUCUCCAUCUUCAUCUCCAUGCCUCCUCUGUUCUGGCGGAGCCACCGCCAACUCAGUCCACCCCCCAGUCAGUGCACCAUCCAACAUGACCGUGUCAUCUACACCAUUUACUCCACGUUCGGGGCAUUUUACAUCCCCUUGACUUUGAUACUGAUUCUUUAUUACCGGAUUUACCACGCAGCCAAGAGCCUUUACCAGAAAAGGGGAUCCAGCCGGCACUUAAGCAACAGAAGCACGGAUAGCCAAAAUUCUCUAGCAAGUUGUAAACUUACGCAGACUUUCUGUGUGUCUGACUUCUCCACCUCGGACCCUACCACAGAGUUUGAAAAAAUCCACACCUCCAUCAGGAUCCCUCCCUUUGACAAUGAUCUAUAUCACCCGGGAGAACGCCAGCAAAUCUCUAGUACCCGGGAGCGCAAGGCAGCGCGCAUCCUGGGACUGAUUUUGGGCGCAUUCAUUUUGUCUUGGCUGCCAUUUUUCAUCAAAGAGUUGAUCGUAGGUCUCAGCAUCUGCACCGUGUCCUCUGAAGUGGCUGACUUUUUAACAUGGCUUGGUUAUGUUAAUUCUCUGAUCAACCCUCUGCUCUACACAAGUUUUAAUGAAGACUUUAAGCUGGCUUUUAAAAAGCUCAUUAGGUGCCGAGAACAUAUUUAG